GGGGGUUUCCCGCCUCCUCGCUUGGGCCCUCCGGCACCCUCAGAACCCCGAAGGCUGAGCCCUCCCUCCCCAUAUACAUCCCGCCGGGGGCGGGGCGUGGAGUGCUGGGCCACGCGGGGGCUUCCCGCCACCUGCUGGUCCCCAGCCCAGGCCUCGGCCGCGCUGGCCCCUCCCCCUCCUGGUGGCCUUGUUUUCUCUGGGCCCUAAUACUGGGCCCUGCCACCCGCCCUUGGGGCCCGCCAGGUGGGGCAGGAUUCAGGAAAUGUUAUGGAGCUGGGUCUGUCUCCACCUCAUCUCAGCAGCUCCCCAGAAGACCUGUACUUGGCUCCUGGGACCCCUCCUGGGACUCCCCCACCUCCCGAUGCUCCUCUGCCUGGGGAAGUGAAGAGGUCCCAGCCUCUGCCCAUUCCGACCAGCAGGAAUCUUCUUCGAGAGGAAGAGCUACGGUCAACCUCUCUGCCUUCCAUCCCCAACCCCUUCCCUGAGCUCUGCAGUCCUCCUUCACAGACCCCCAUUCUUGGGGGGUCCUCUGGUGCAAGGGGGCUGCUCCCUCGAGAUGCCAGCUGCCCCCAUGUAGUAAAGGUGUACAGUGAAGAUGGGGCCUGCCGGUCUGUGGAGGUGGCGGCAGGUGCUACAGCCCGCUACGUGUGUGAAAUGCUGGUGCAGAGAGCUCAUGCCCUGAGUGAUGAAAACUGGGGGCUGGUGGAGUGCCACCCCCAUCUAGCACUAGAGCGGGGCUUGGAGGACCAUGAGUCCGUGGUGGAAGUGCAGGCUGCCUGGCCCAUUGGGGGAGACAGCCGCUUUGUCUUCCGGAAGAACUUCGCUAAGUACGAACUGUUCAAGAGCUCUCCGCACUCCCUGUUCCCAGAAAAGAUGGUCUCCAGCUGUGUGGACGCACACACAGGCCUAUCCCACGAAGACCUUAUCCAGAACUUCCUGAAUGCAGGCAGCUUCCCAGAGAUCCAGGGCUUCCUGCAGCUUCGAGGGUCAGGACGGAAGCUUUGGAAACGCUUCUUCUGCUUCCUGCGCCGGUCUGGCCUCUAUUACUCCACCAAGGGCACCUCCAAGGACCCGAGGCACCUGCAGUAUGUAGCAGACGUGAAUGAGUCCAAUGUGUAUGUGGUGACCGAGGGCCGCAAGCUCUAUGGGAUGCCCACAGACUUCGGCUUCUGUAUCAAGCCGAACAAGCUUCGAAACGGCCAUAAGGGGCUGCGGGUCUUCUGCAGCGAGGAUGAGCAGAGCCGCACCUGCUGGUUAGCAGCAUUCCGCCUCUUCAAGUAUGGGGCGCAGCUGUAUAAGAAUUAUCAGCAGGCACAGUCUCGCCACCUGCGUCCAUCCUGUGUGGGCUCUCCACCUUUGAGGAGUGUCUCUGAUAACACCCUGGUGGCCAUGGACUUCUCUGGCCAUGCUGGGCGUGUCAUUGAGAACCCCCGGGAAGCUCUGAGUGCAGCUCUGGAGGAGGCCCAGGCCUGGAGGAAGAACCAUCGUCUCAGCCUGCCCACCCCAGGCUCUGGUACGAGCCUUAGUGCAGCCAUCCACCGCACCCAACCCUGGUUCCAUGGACGCAUUUCUCGAGAGGAGAGCCAGCGGCUCAUCGGGCAGCAGGGCCUGGUGGACGGCCUGUUCCUGGUCCGAGAGAGUCAAAGGAACCCACAGGGCUUUGUCCUCUCUUUGUGCCACCUGCAGAAGGUCAAGCAUUAUCUUAUUCUCCCGAGUGAGGAGGAGGGCCGCCUGUACUUCAGCAUGGAUGAUGGCCAGACUCGCUUCACGGACCUGUUGCAGCUCGUGGAGUUCCACCAGCUGAACCGGGGCAUCCUGCCGUGUUUGCUACGCCACUGCUGUACUCGUGUGGCCCUCUGACGGCAUGUGUCUCAGCCCGUUCCAGGCUGGCCACUGGUCCCUGUGCUCAUAAAGUGGACUUGGAGGGUACAGAAGGUACGGACAGGCCCAUGAAUAACUGGAGGGCAACUCUACUCCAGAGAGUUUUCUACUCAAUCCUUUGCCUCCCUCAGGCAGAAAGUGCUCCCCCACCCCCAAUCUCUCUCCUUAAGAAAAAGUACUUGGGGUGGCCCUCCCCUCCAUGGAGCUCCUGGGCACUGCUCUGGGGCAGGGCAUUAUGGGAGUAAUGGGGGCAGCCCAGGUGGUCUUAAGCCCCACACUUUGUACAGACUGAGAGGCCAGUUGAUCUGCUCUGUUUUAUACUCGUUACAAUAAAGACUAUUUUUUGAUACA